AGGAUUCCUGUCCCUUUGUGGGACAGGGACAUCGCGGCCGUGCUGGCACGCCACCAGCCACAGCUACGGGGCUGCAGGCAGGGCGGCUGCCCAGGACUGGCGCUGGAGGCUCUUUCGGGGGUCAGCAGGCCAUCGUGCAGCGUUCCGAGUCAGGUCGCAGGGAUUGGCCCCGUGCACGGCGUGGAGUGGUUUGGAAGAGCUCCCAAAGCACAUCUUCCGCUUUUCUUCCCCUCUUGGCAGCAAUCCCAUCCGCCAGCUCCCGACAUCAGCUGAACUGAGAGGAAGGAAAGGAAGAAAGAGAAGUAGUCAGCUCAAAUGUGGCUCGCUGCGCUGCCGGGGCGCGGGGGCUUGGCUGGAAGGAUCUAGUUUCCCUUCGGCCGCUGGAGGAGGAGGAGGCAGAGACGGACAGCCAGACAUGCCCGUCCCGUCAGGAGGCUGCUGGCUCCUUCUCCUGUGCCUCGCUGCCGCUGGCAAACAGCUGUCACUACAAAUCACUCCGCCGUGUGAGAGUGAACAACACUAUGAGUACUCUGGACGGUGCUGCAGGAAGUGUGAGCCAGGGAAGUAUUUGUCUGCUAGAUGCACUGCUACUUCUGAUAGCAUUUGCCUGCCAUGUGGCCCAAAUGAGUAUAUGGAUGUCUGGAAUGAAGAAGAUAAAUGCUUACUACAUAAAAUAUGUGAUCAAGGGAAGGCCUUGAGAGAAGUGAACCCGGGGAACAGCACAUUCCAGCGGCAGUGUGCUUGUACGAUGGGCUACCACUGGAGCGAGGACUGCGACUGCUGUCAGCGAAAUACCAUGUGUGCUCCUGGGCUCGGAGUCAAGCCUCCUGUGCAACAAGACAGAGACACAAUGUGCAUACCAUGUCCCAGAGGCUACUUCUCAAAGGUCUUUUCAUCCACCGACGAGUGUAAAUCCUGGACCAACUGUACAGCUCUAGGAUUGGAAGAAAGCGUGCCUGGGACUGACAAGUCUGAUGCAGUUUGUAAAGAACGGAAGAUCCCUGAGCCAUCAGAAGAUGGAACAAACAGGAUCUUAUAUGUGUUGAUUGUCAUCUUGUUUUUUGUGACACUAAUUGGCAUUGUCAUCUUCAUCGUAUACUACAAGAAGAAGGGGAAAAAGCUGACAGCAGAUCUACAGAACUGGGCUAAUGAAGUGUGCAGCCAAAUAAAAGGAACAAAGGAACCCCCCAGAGAUGCAUUUAGCGUGAACAUCACAAAUGCUGCUGUCCCCCAGACUGCUGAAGACACGAGUCUCCUGGUCCCCUCGGGCUCUCCUGUCCCUGGAAACUCGUGCUGCACCUCUGGUCAUACUCCCUGCAGGAACGAGAGCCCCAGCACAGAGCCUUGUGAGACAGGAGAGUUUUCUGUGGUAACUGAAACUGACGAUUACCAAUUCCCACCAGUUCCCACAGAAGAUGAAUACAUGGAUAAGGAUCUCAAUAACACUGAUUAUUUAUCUUUACUAAGUCGGACUGCCAGUAAAACUGUGUCAUCAUUUUCAGAACCAAUGGAGGCAGGGGAGAAUGACAGCUUGAACCAGUACUUUUCAGGUAUUGGGAGCACAGAGGAUGUAUCAGUCUCUCAAGGCUUUCACCCUCCCUCCAACAUAGAUGGGGCACAUAUUGCCACGGAACAACUUCUACAGAAAUCUUGCCAACAUGCCCUCAGUUGCCUGAAGGAAACAUGCAACAAAGACUCGGAUCAUUUUGCAACAAACUGUGACUCAGAGAAGAUCUGUGUGAGGUGUGGCAUUUUGUACAGAGAAUCUCCCCGAAAGUGUAGCAAACCCUAUUGUGCUGCGCCUGACAGCACCUCCACCUCCCCAGAAACUGGUUCCUGUGCCCAGUGCACCUGUGGUUUGAAUUUUCUCUCUGCUGGUCAGAGCACUCUAGCAAAUGAUCUUGGUGUGGAAGAUGCACCUUCAGAUAGUACCAACAUGAAGUACCAGAACACAAACAGAAGCACUUCAGGGAUACACAGAAGCACUUCAGGGACAAACAGCAGCACUUCAGACCUCCCUCCAGCAUCUGGAAAUGUGACUGGAAACAGUAACUCCACCUUUAUUUCAAGUGGACAAGUAAUGAAUUUCAAGGGCGACAUCAUUGUUGUCUACCUUAGCCAAAACUCUCAGGAGGGGGCAGCGGCCUCGGGACUGAGCGAGGAGAACGUGGGCAGCCCCGUGCAGGAGGAGAACCUCAGCCGCUGCGAGACUUUUGCCGGCAAUGCCCAGCACUACAAGGAAAAGUGUGCGGAGCUGCAGGGCGCCCACCCGACCCCAGGGAGCGGGGGGCCACGGUGGCCUGGCGGAGCCCUGGCCCAGGAGCACGGCCCAUCCUGCGGUAGACAAGCCUCCCAGCCCGUGCAGGAGGAAGGGAAGCUGGGACACUUCUCGGAGAAGGUGUUGAACUGAGGGGACACAGUGUCCUCGCUGCGGGCCAGGGCGCUGGCACACAGCCCCCAACAGGGUGUGGGGCUGCUGCCAUGCUGCCAAAAUCCUGGGUGUCACAACAGACUGGGAGACUGUUGAUGCUCCAGUGUCUCCUGGGAAAUUUUACAGCUGGAAGGACCGUCAUGGCACACAUGUCACUGCUGGUGGUGGUGGUGCUGCUGUGGGUGGAGGUGGCCGAUGGGGACGGGCGCACAUGUGAAGCCGGGCGCACUUCCCCUGUUGCAGAAGCAGCAGCAGGGCUUUCUUCUCUCCCCCACAGGGAGAUGGGCUCCCUGCCUGCUCCCCAUUCCCUGCCACCUCUCCCUGGCAAGUGGCAAAAGGAAGCUGAAAUCCAUUGAUGUGGGGACUCUGUGAGGAGGAGAGCACUGCUGGCCAGGUGUGCAGGAUGCUCCUGGAGAGGGGAUGGUGUGGCCAGGGACCAGACUCAUGAGGGCCCCUGAGCUCUGCCUCAGGGUUUCUUUUUUACAACGAAGCUGUACCCAUUUUUCUGGGUUUUGGAGGUGGAAGGAAGUCAUGGUGCUGCUGCAACCUUUGCCUCCCUGGGGUGAUGUGGCAGGGGGCAUCAUCCCUUCCCAUCUUCCCCCAAGGAAGCAAACACUCCAGUCCCAAAUCAGCACCAGAGCCAAGGUCCUGGGCUGCCCCUUAUUGACUUGUGGGUAUAAAUAAGUGUGUGUAAUGCUGCCACAAGCAGAUGAUAACAUGCAAAAUACAGCUGAUAUGCCUCAAAAGGCAUAUUAGUCUAAUCUCGAGCAAAGAGCAUUUAUAGUGACCCUGAUUCACCUCUACCUUAUUGCAGCGCUCCAGAGGAGUUCAGACCUCUGGAGAUAAGAGUGAUGUGUGCCUGAUACACUGCUGCAGAAAUAACAUCACUACAGUUUAAGACAAAGAGCUGCUAGCAGGUGAGAAAGGGUCUGUGACAACCAGCUGUGCAUAUUUCCUGAGUUACAGGAGAGGGAAGGAUUAUUUUGGAGAUUACAUCUCCAAAAAUGGAGAAUUUGGUCAGGUUCAAACAUUCAUUCUUUUAUCUGCCCGAACAAUUUUGUCAUUUCUUUUGCUAUUUUCAUUAAUAGGCAGAGAUUUACUUAGGUAGCAUGAACCUAUUUCCAGAACUUGGCCUGUGUGAGCUGAAGUUAGAGUGUAGCCUCUGUCACACUGAGAGCUGAUGAGCAAUGGGACCAAGGUUUGGCAUUAAAGAAUAAUAGAAUUGUAUUUAGAAGUGAAUCUUGGCAACUCAGCUGGCUUUGGUUCAUGUCCGAUAUCCUGCAGCCUUCUCCAGCAGCCACUGUGGAAAGAAAGAUGAAGGGAACAGAGUCUCAAGGAACUCCCAAGAGAAAAAGAUAACAUUUUUAAUGAUUUCCUGACAAGGGAUAAUUUUCUGACAUUCUCCUGCAGGUGUAAGUUUUGCAGGAAUCUAUCUGCAGCCGGAGCCUUCAGGAGGGCAAGUGCUCUGUUUCCUGUUUUCUUUCCUGUUACCAGACAGCAAAGGGAUCUCUUACCUAGUACAGUUUUGCCUUCCCUGAUGGAAAAAGUCUCUAGUUGGGAGAGUUUCUCCCCAGGAAGCUGAGGGGUUCACUGCAUAGCUGCUGUUUGCAGUAGUACUGCUCUGUGGGGAAAGAGCACCUGUAACGCUGACAAGGUGAUCACUCUGUCACAAUGAGCUUCUCAUGCAUUAAACAAAAGGAUGGGCUUAGCCACCUUCAUCUCUCAGCAGAAUAAAUCUGUAUUGUUUAUCUAUCUGGGAGGUAAAGUUCAGUAAAAAUGUGCAAGACUCUCUCUUGGGUAACUGGGAUAAAGGGCAAAUGAACAACCAGUAUCACUUCCACCUCUGUGUGGCCUUCAAAAAAAUAAGUCACGCUAGCCUAGACUCAGGCAGGCAGGUAGAUUGUCCCAUUCAGUGAAGGUGUAUAACUGAGGCUUUCUUCUUGUCUAUGGUAUUCUUUUGUCUUUCUUGCUGGAUCUUUUCCAACCUCUUUCUUGUCUCUUCUGAAGUAGUUCUGUAUCCCCUAGGCACUGGUAGGGACAAGGAAGCAGAACCACCAUCACCUUCAGGCAAGGUGGUAUAGAUAUUUUCCCACUUCAUCUUAAUUUUUUCAGUUGCUCUUUUCUGGAAAGCAUUCACCAGUCCUGCUGGAAAGUAUACAACCAGCUCCAUUUAGAGGGCAGUCAGGAUUGAAUUCUUGCAGUCAUCUCUGGGUAAAUUACCCAGAUCUGUCAUCUUCUCCUUCUGCAACUUCUUUCUUCCCUUGGUUUGUAACUACCACCAGAGUGCAGGCUCAAAAUCCUGGUUUGAAGGGAGACAGUGGGAAUUUACUGUGUGUCCUCAAUGAGAACACAUUUUUUGCUUGUUAAAAUUCAGAUUCCUACUAGGCAAGGAUUAAAACUAGGAUAAUCAGCAAGCAUGAAGAAAUUAGUCCCAUAUGGGAAACAUGAUGCACCAAAAGACCCACUUUUUUUUCUUCCUCCAGAGUCUAUUCCAAAGUGAAAAAACAAUAUCACAGCCAUUAGCAUGCUGCAUAUUCCCUGAGUCUCUGCCUGACUCCUUAGACAAGGAUCCCAAAGGGACUUCUUUAUCCUCAUGACUUCACCUGUCAUCCGUUUGGAGCUGGGAGUGGUUUUUAGCAUCUGUUUGUACAAAGGGAUCUGUGCAUUGGGCACUAAUUUGGAGGCUUCUGGCUGCUAUUGUAAUACACAUAAUUAAUGAUAAUAAAAAUCUGAAAUAUCUAUA